AUGUACCCAAUGAACAAUUGUUCCGCCGUCAAGGAGGAGAGACAGUCGCCAAUCCCUUUGCAACGUACGUCCCUUGCCCAAGAUGACCAUAUGGAGCCGGAAAGCAGUUUUGACCCGGAAAAGAUUUUCAACAGAGAUGCCUCGCCGGAACAAGAUGUCCAAGAAGAGUUGGGCUCCGUUGAUCGAUGCAUUCGCUCAGUCAUUGAGCUACGAGACCCUGACAUCCUUGAGGCUGGCGUUUCCACAUCGCUCAAAGUUCUCGCAAGCCUUAAAGACAAGUUUCUAAAAUACUCAACAUCUAGUGCGGACGCUGCGGCAUGGGUACAAGCCAUUGAGAAGCUCAUUCCCCAAGCGCAGCGAAAGCGCACUGUGGUCGGCGUAGUGGGCAAUACUGGAGCUGGGAAGAGCAGCGUCAUCAACGCUAUGCUUGACGAAGAGCGGCUCGUACCUACCAACUGCAUGCGUGCUUGCACUGCGGUGGUUACCGAGAUCUCGUGGAACAGCAGCACCGACCCAGGCUCUAAAUACCGCGCCGAGAUUGAGUUCAUUAGCCAGGCGGACUGGGAGAAGGAACUAACAGUUCUUUUGCGCGAGUUCCUUUCCGAGAAUGGUUCUCUCUCGCGCGAGGCGCAGGAUCCCAAUUCUGAUGCCGGUGUUGCAUGGGCAAAGUUCCAUUCCGUCUACCCGUCGGUCGCCAAAGAUGCUUUAGGUGACUGCACCAUUCCUUCGCUCAUGUCCAAGCGAUCCGUUGUCGACGUACUUGGAACUACCAAAAAGAUACGCACGGCUAGACCGCAGUCUUUCUAUCGAGAGCUCCAACGCUACGUGGAUAGUAAAGAGAAAGUUGCCAAGAAGGACAAGAACAAGGAGAAGGUCUCCAAGCCAGCUUUCCAAACUGAGUACUGGCCCUUGAUCAAGGUCGUCAAAAUCUAUACGAAGAGUCAUGCGCUCUCGACUGGUGCAGUCAUUGUGGAUUUGCCGGGUGUUCAUGACAGUAACGCUGCGAGAGCUGCUGUUGCUCAGGGUUAUAUGAAGCAAUGCACUGGCCUUUGGAUCGUUGCUCCUAUCAAUCGAGCUGUGGACGACAAAGCCGCUAAAACCUUGCUCGGAGACUCUUUCAAAAGGCAGCUCAAAUACGAUGGCGGCUUCUCCAGUGUUACAUUCAUCUGUUCGAAAACAGAUGACAUCUCUAUCACUGAAGCAAUCGACAGUCUCGGGCUCGAAGAGAAUGUUGCAACGUUUGAAGAAGAACAGGAACGCCACGAUGAGCAGAUAAAGCAGAUUCGGAGCAAGAUUCAAGAGUUGAACGAAUCGCGAGAGGUCUAUAAGCUUGCUAUGUCGAGCGCAAGUGAUGACAUUGAGGUGUGGGAAUCACUCCAGGAGCAACUGGACGACGGGAAAUCUGUGUUCGCACCCCAGCCCAAGACUUACAAACGUAAGAAGACCGUCUCGAACAAGCAGGCACGCAAAAGGAAACAGCUUUUCGAUGACGAUACGGAUGAUGAUUUUGAGGAUUCCGAUUCCGAUGAGUCUAGGAGCGACGAUGAAGUCACAUUCCAGGGAGAGAGGAAGCGGCUAUCCGAGACUGACAUCAAAGAGAAACUGAAGGAGCUAAGGGAAACGAAGAAGAAUGCUAGGCGAGAAGGGAUAGCAAUCAAGCACUCUAUCGACGACCUGAAACCUCAAAUUCGAGAACUGGACGCAAAGAAGGAUGAAAUCAAAGCUGAGAUCAGCCGCAUCUGUAUUGCAGGCCGAAACCAGUACUCCAAAUCGGCUAUUCAGCAGGAUUUCGCUGCCGGCAUCAAGGAAAUUGACCAGGAAAACGCUGCGGAAGAAGACGAAGACAACUUCAACCCCGAUGAAGAGAUGCGCGACUACAGCCAGGUUGCUAGGUCUCUGCCAGUCUUUUGCGUCAGCAGUCGCGCGUACCAGAAGAUGUGCGACCGAAUGCAAAAAGACGAUGAAGUGCCCGGAUUCCUAACACCCGAAGAGACGGAAGUGCCCCAACUUCAGAACCAUUGUAAGAAGCUUACUGAAGGCGGACGCAUCCAAACUAGCCGCGCGUUCUUGACCAGCGUCUGCCAAAUAUUAACCACUUUCAACCUCUGGAUGUCAAACCACGGGGCGGGUUCGAAGAUGACGGACGAGGACAAGCGCAAGCAGGCCAGCUACCUAGGGCGGCGGCUUACUCAGUUAACGGAAGGAUUAGAGGCAGCCAUUAGUGCUUGCAUCAAAGAGAUGCGAUCUGAGAUGAAGACUCAAAUCUUCGACAAAUGCCCAGAGCUCAUCAACAAGGCCAUUGAAUCUGCACCAGCUACAGCACAUGCUUGGGGUUACAAGGAUCAAGGUGGCCUCGCGUGGGGAUCCUACAAGGCUGUCGUUCGACGCGACGGCGUUUAUCAUUCUUCUGCGGCCGGCCACCGUGACUUCAACUCCGAUCUUGUGGAUCCCAUCAUCAAGCAACUAGCAACGGGUUGGGAGCGAGCCUUCCAGUCGCGCCUUCCAAAAGCAUUUGAUGCGUAUAUCGGCAAUUCAGGCACGCUUCUUCACAAGUUUCACGAAGCCAUAGAAGAGCGUGCGAGGACCAGCGGCGUUGGCCUGGCGAAUCUCUCAAUCUUAAAGACACAGGUCUGCAACUACGAGCAGCUAUUCAAGGAUCUUGGGGUCACGCUCAUCACUCAAAUGAACGAACUCCAGCGGGAAGCGAACCGUGACUUCAGCCCUUGUAUCGCAGGCAUCAUGCAUGACGUAUACGAUGUGUGCACAGAAGAGCGUGGCGCUGGAUCUUACAAGCGCAUGAAACAACACAUGGAAGAUCAUGUGGAGCGGGAGCGACACAGGAUGUUCCAUGAAGCCAUCGCCACAGUCAACAAGCACCUUGAUGACAUGUGUAAAGCACUACAAGAGUCAAUGGAAACCAAGGUUGAUGAGAUUUUCGUGCAGAUGGACAGGGACUAUACCCGAGUGCUUGGUGGCACGGCUGGCUGCCAGCCCCUUAAUCUGCAAUCAAAAGAAGAGAGGGAGCUGAGGUCGGAAAUCAGAGAGAUCUUGGCAGGCAUCAAUGCGCAAUUUGAGCCCAUCGCUCGCGGCGACAUCUUAGCAGAGAAAGAUGCAGAAAACAGCACAGCCGAGGGAGAAGAGCAGAUGGACGUUGACGUGGAGGACGACCGCAGCAUCGUUGACUCCGCACAGGACUCCGUCGAGGAGGACGUUGAUGAGGCAGCUCCGAUAGAGACUGAAUCAUCCCUUUCCAAGAACGGUGGCGACCAUGUCGACCGACAUACCCGAGUCGACGACGAGGUAAAUGAGGAGAUGUAG